CCAGGUUGGAAACUCAAUUUAUCAUGGGAGCUCCUCAUAGAAUGGCUUUGAUAUUCAAUUUCUUAUUCGUUAUGUGCUUUAUUGUUUUGAAGGUUUCUUCGUUAUAUGAAGAAGUUGCGGGACCGUAUGACCUUGCUCUGACUCGAAUAAGUGAGUGUGAUAAGAAAGGUCCACACAGUCUUCUUUCCAAUGUGAAAGUGGGAAAAUUCAAUAGAUCACACCUUGUUUACAACGGAGUUUUGGAUUUUGGAACCGACCUGGAUGAUACUAUACAGGUACGAGUGCUAGCCUCCAACAAGGGCACGAAUGGUCGUUACAACAAUGUCAUUGAUGCCCAAUACAAAAUAUGCGACUUGGUUCGAACAUUUGCCAUGGAUAUUUUUCUGAGCGUUUAUGAUCACUGCAAUCAAACGUACAUGUGCCCGACAAAACGCUUGAACUGCGAGAUGAAAAACUGGGUUGUUGAUUAUAACUUGAGAAACAUACCAGCUCUCCCCUAUGGCGAUUAUAGAUGUGACAUCAUAAUCUUGAAAAUUCAGCAAUUCAAAAAGCCAGAACUAUUCUCGUGUCUUAGAACUCAUGGAACUGUUACACCAAAAAUGGAAAUACAACCGACAACCAACCAGCGAGCGAAGAAAAAGCAAUGAUGGACAAUAUUAGCAUCUUAGAUAUUCAUUCAAUUUAAUCCAUUAUUCAAAUAAAUUCAUUUCUUUGAUGCAGUGAAUGCAUAGUACGAUUACUGUAAAACAC